UGUAAAUAAGGAAAUUUACCGCAAUUUUUAAUCAUUUUACGCAAAAAUACGUGAUUUUAAUUGUGAAAAACCCUUAAAAGUUGUAAAUAAUUCAAAAACUCAUCACAAAAUAGUGAAAAUUGAUGCAAAUCAUUGAAAUUUGAGAUUUCUUUUUACCUUUUAGAUUUCACGGAUUUGGCACUCCAUGAGGGAUGACGAGCUCAAAGUACAUCCUCUCGUGGUACAUUAACCCACAUUUGUUCUGGAUUCGACCGAUUGAGUCGUCGGAUCAGUUCACAAGAUUCGAAUUGGAGUUUGAAAAUUUUUACAAAAGGCAUAAUUUGGCAUCUGCGAGCUUUGUGCCUUCAAUUGGAGAGGUCGUUGCUUACCACGAUCGCCUUCAUAACAAAUGGUAUCGCGCCACAAUCGAGCAUUGCUUAAACGGAAAUUCUUUUAUCGUGUGGCUUAACGAUUACGGAUGGCCCGUUUUAGCCUACAAACGUACAAUUCGUCGCUUGGAGCCUCAAUUCAUGGCAAUUCCCUUCGAAAAAGUCCUCAAAGUCGGAAUUUCCAACGUUAUUCCCGCCAAAUUGGAGUACAACUUUGAAACUCGCACCUCUUUCAAGGUAAAAAUCGAUUCUUGGCACGAAACUGCCGUCAAAGGCAUCAAAGAUUUGCUGGAAGCUGCUGACACGAUCGAGUUUAAGAAGAAAUGUCACGCUGGCGAUCACAAUUUUGGCGGGAUUCGCAUCAAAACCGUGUCUGGAAACAAAAUUGACGUCUUCAAAUCGUUGGGAGAGUCGCCAUUUGCUAAAAUUAGUCAAGGAACGGCUGAAUUUCGGGCAGAAAUGCGACAAUUAACGACCACAGAUGUGUUACGAUGCAAGAAAAUAUUGGAUGAACACCCGCAGGUCAUGUCUCCGGUUCGAAAUUUGAGAAAUCAGGAAGUUUUUUUAGGUUAUAGGAACGACAGUGACACAGAAUCUGUACCGACAAGACAAAAUUCGCAAGUUUUAGUGCAAAUGCCUCGAGAAGUGCCUCAAUUGGUCCAAAGAUCGCAGGAAAGACCUCGAACAGUCAGAAAUGUUGCUGAAAAUCAUCAAAUUCCUCGAGAAAGACGAGAUUUCAUGAUAAAUUUGCCACAACGAGACGUUUCAAGAACAAUUCCAGCCAAUAGAAAGUUUGAAUAUGAAAUCGCAGAACGAGAUGAUUCUGAAAAUCUUGAAAUUCGCUCCGUAGAAGAAAAUUCCGGACCAUCACAGAGCCUUCUUGACACCGAAAGUAAAAAUAAUUCGCAAGAUCUUGACGAGACAGAAGAGGAAUCUUCAAAAAACCUUCGUCCUUGCUUGCCUUUCGAGACAAACCAUGCAAAAAAGAGUGAAAUUCACUUUUUUGGACAAAACUCCGACUCAGAUUCCAAUAAGAAUUCAUUUUUCAAGAAAAUUGAUCAGUCUCAGUUGCCAGAUACCUUCUCAAAAUUAAAAGAACGCGUUCAAAAAAGAGAAGAAGAACGCAAAAAUGGAAAAUUACUGCAGAAAAACGAUUCCCUGAAAGCCAAAUUUAGUUUUCGUCCCGCAGAUUACGAUCAAGUCAUCGCUCAAGAGCAACGUUCGAAGAAAUUUGCCGCUGAAAGACCUUAUUUCACACACACUCGUCGAAAUUUCACGAAAAAAGACAAAAACAUCGCCGUUCAGCCGCGAGUUCAAGUCAAAAACCUCGUUUUGGAGUCCCUCGAUCGACAGAUGAUGGAACGUCAGCAAGUUUUUACAGCGUUAACUACUUCCGAUGACACAACGACGCAAUGUACGGACGAUUUGGUGCCCGAUAACAGUGAAAAUCCUAUUGGAGAAGUUGAGAAGAAAGUUGAAAAAAAUUCACAUUUAUUGGACUGCAGUGUUGUCUUGGCGCACGGAUAUCAGCAAUGGAAAGCCGUCAAAACCUAUCUUGAAGUUCCUUUUCGGCCGGAAAUCAUGAAAAAAGUGAAAGCAAGUUACAUUCGUACAGAAACGAGACCGAUUCAAGCUCAUAGUUGGCCUCAUAUUUUGCAUGAAAAGUCAGCUUUUCUCAUAAGUCGUGCGGGCAGCGGAAAAACGAAGACUUUGAUACCGGCGAUUUGCACAAAUGUUAUCAAUCUCUUCAACGACGAAUUAAUUCCCGAAACCUUUGGACCCGUGGCGAUCAUUCUCACCCCCUCCGCUGAAAGCGUUUCACAAAUCGUUCGCGAUCUGGACUUCUGCUUGUCAUACUGGCGCGAAAAAACCCGCAAAAACAGCAUCGAAGAUCGAAUUCUCGUCACCGAAUCUUACGGAAAAGCAUCGCAAGACAUGACAAAAGGUCAACUUCUCGGCGGAACAGCAAUUUUAGUCACAACCCCCGCCGCUCUCGAACGUUGGACCAACAAAUGGAAAAUGGAAGGGAUGCCACUUUUCAACCGAAAACGCUUAAAAUUGUUCGCUGUCGAUGAUUUUGAUCAAAUGUUGCAACGGCAUGGCGAAACCGUGUGCGAACUCAUCGAAACGUUCUGCGAUCCCAAAAAUUACGAAGAAAAUGACGAGGCGCCACAACUUUUAGUGACAUCCGCUCAAUGGGAGAAUCAGCUAUUGAAAUAUUUCCGCUAUGGACGAGCUCCGGCGUUAUUUAUUGCGAAUUAUAUCGAGGCUUGUAUCUACGGAAGGACUCAAUUUCGUUUGAAUUUCGUCAAAAACGACUCUAAAAUGGAUUUUGUAACGAAGUUUUUGGAAGAUGACGUCUACAAAGCGAAGCGAUCUGUCAUAAUUUGCAGCAAAGACGAGGAAAUUGACUCGAUUUCGACGCAUUUGACGAGUUUAGGCAUCAAACAUGUCGCAUUCGGAGCUCAUUCGGUCGAAAGUGAACGCAAUGAGGGUCUUACGUGGUACCAAUCACUCCAAAAUGAGGAAUAUUCCGUACUGAUAUGCUCCGAUAACGUUCUUGGCGACUUGGGAUCCAUGCGAAAUGUCGAAAGGCUCUUGCAUUUCUCGCUCGCUGACACUUGGACCACUUUAUCUUUCCGUUUUACGGUAUUUUUCGACGUUUUUCAUGACUUUGUGAAACAACCAAAGCUGCCAGAUGCGUUUGACGCGACAUUUUCUCACUUUUUGGUCGACGAAACGAGUUCGCAUACACUUCCGAAGCUCGUUGACUUCCUAAGUCGCAUGCCAAACAUGAAAAUUCCCGAUGAAGUGCAGCUUAUCGCACGAAAUAUGCUGACGUUGCACGAAAAAGAGAAGGCAUCGCUCAAUUUAUGUCCAUUUUUCUUGCAAUAUGGCAUAAAAUUGGACCAAUGUGUUCGGAGAAGUUGCACGGGGCGUCAUGCGUUGUCGAAACAAGAUGCUCCAACGAGCCGGAUGCCCUUUGAAAAGUUGGAUUUAAAGAUGAAAAUCACUUUUGUUCAUAAUCCGAUACAUUUUUCGGGGCAAAUAUUGGCUUAUCGUCAUCCAACGUACCCGGAAUGGAAAUUGUGGCAAGGCGAGAACCAAUUGGCGGCAGAAGCGGACCUUAAUUUGAACUUGCAGAUGUAUUAUGCACAAGAAGAGAACCAAAUUAAGCAUUUUCCUGUGGAAAAAGGUGACAUUUGCGUCAUGGAAGACCUCGCCUACUUCCAUCGCUGCCAAGUCCUCCAAAUCUCCAAGCCAACUACAUCUUUAGCGAUGCCUCUUCAUGUUGUACGUCGCAUCGACACCGGCGAAAUCGUGAAAACUCGAAAUUUGUUCGUCAUCCCGCAACAUUUCCGCGAAAUUCCUCCCCGAGCCAUAGAUAUUCACUUCCUUGGCGUCGUCCCAUACGACGGAGAUACCUUCUGGUGUCGCACAUCACGCGCCAAAAUCGAAAAAAUCAUCGCCGACUUCAAUAAAAAGUCGGAUAAAGACUUUUAUGUCGAAGCAAAUGUCGAAUUCCGAGUCGAAAACAACAUUUGGACGAAAAAAAUGACGUUAUGCGAGCCAAUUGUGGGAGAUCAGUAUCAAAGAACGUACCUGUACAAGAGUUUGUUGAAGGAAAAUCUCGCGGAAAAGACCGAAGAGUUCCCGCAACUUGAAGUUUUGACAUUUAUGGCUCGAAAUUUGGGAUUUAUUGAGGAGGAAAAGGACGAAAAUGAUGAAAAAAUCGAAGUUUUAGAGCCUGUUGAGGAAAUUGCAAGUCCUGAAAUACCAAAAAUCGAAGAAAAAAGGACUGAAGAAGCAAAAAUUGAAGUUCGCGCAACUUGGGAUUACAUUUCUCAGGACUCGUUGCACCCAAUUCGCAUCGAUUUCAUGGAUGACUUGCAAUUUUUCAGCCUUAUUCGUGCAGAUCGCAUCAAAAAAUUAGACGAACUCAACAUUCUCAUCGAUAAUUUUCAAAAAAGUGAAAAAUGUGAAGUAAUUUCUAAGCCAGAACGAGGUCAAAAUUGCCUCAUUCCCAUCGACGAUGGCUUAACACGAGGUCGAAUUGUCGAUUUUGGCACCGACGAUCAAGGAGACUUUGUGCUUGUCUUCAGUUGUGACAUUGGGCGCACCAAUAAAUACGAUUUUGAUGAAAUUUUCACGACAACGAAGGAAAUUGUUGAAUUUAUGUCGUUUUGUGCCAUUAAAGGGUCAUUUGCAGGCGUUGAACCGCUCGAUGGAGACUCGUAUGACGAAGAAACUGCCUUGAAAAUCUGGAAUUUGGUCGACGAGGCACAAAAAUCAGGAAUUUUAUAUGCCAAAGUCGUGUCCUUGAAGGAAAAUCUCGAAUGGCUCCCCGGAAUUUACUGUUACGAUCUCUUACUUGUCGCGAAAAAUGACAAAAAUGAAAGAUUUUUGAACCACGAGAUCGUCGAAACACUCAAAUUGGCGAAAUGGGACUUGAAAUCCGGCGGCAUGAUCCAAAAAAUGAAGCCACAAGACCUGGAAGAGGCAAAAGAUGACACCGACGAGGUCGAAGAAUGGGAAAAUGCAGUUGGAACGUACAAACAUGAGCCCGAGAAGCCCGCGGAAAAUGUCCCAAUCGAUCAGGAAAUACAAAAAACGCUUGAAACGCUCGGAAUUGACCUCAAAAAUAAGAAUCUCUUGGAAUUUUAUGCCAUGAUGGGGGCAAGCCCGAUUGAAAUUGCCGCAAUUAAGCAUUUAACGAACGCCAAAUCAGACUCAAGUACUUGUUCCUCGAUUGGAAAUGUCGAAAAAAGGAAAAUUUCAGUUCCUGCAAUCAAAGAAAAUGAAGCCAAAAAGCUCGAAAUACCAAAAAUUGAAGAAAAACCCGAAGAUGAACCUUCUAAUGAUGACUUUUUAUCCUAUGAAUACCCUCCAGCGUCACUAAUUUGGGAAGAAACCAACGACAUUGUCAUCCUUUCGUUCCCCAACGUGGGCGAAAAUCCCGAUUAUCAUCUCGAAAUCACCAAAAAUCGCUUAAUUUUCGUCCUUUGGCCUGAAUCAAGCGAAGAAUUCACUGAACCAAAAAUUACAAUCAUCAAUUUUUACGGGCAUGUUAUCCCGGAGCUCGUUUCGCACAACGUUCGUGGUCUGAAUAUCAUCGUUCGGCUCCCAAAACGCGUUUCUGGCUACAUUUGGCGACAAUUGCAGAAGGAAGAUGAGAAAUUUCCGCACAUUCGGUAUAAUUUGGACAAUUACAAGCCACUUGAAGAGGAAUUUGUGGAGGUAAUUCACGAGGAAAAGGACACAGAAUCGGAAAUUGGAGACGAAUUUCAUGACUCGAAUGAUGAAGCCUUUGAGGAAACAGAUUAUGAAUCUGAUGACUUGAUGAAUGAAUAAAAAAAUUGAGUUUUUUUUUCAA